UUCUAACUUCCCUUGACAGCUCAGCGUCCAAUAAUGGUUUGCAUGUCGCGCGUGUGGAAGCCGUCUGUGUUUGCGGCGAGGCUCAGAAGGCGAGUCUGGCCGUGCAAGUUGGCGGGUUUUCCAGUCCAACACUACAGCACCAAGACUGCUCCUCAUAUUCCGGGAAUGGAGUACCAGGAUGCCAUUUGUACCCUCAACACGCUACAGACAAAUGCCAGUUCUCUGGAGCAAGUACGGCGAGAGCGGAGCCAUCCUGAGCUGCAGCUUCAAGCCAUGAGAAGCUUCCUGGAACGGGCCGGCCUCACCGUGAAGGAACUAGACCACCUAAACAUCAUUCAUGUGACGGGAACAAAGGGCAAGGGGUCAACAUGUGCCUUCACUGAGCAAAUUUUGAGAGGUUAUGGCUUCCGAACAGGAUUUUACAGUUCCCCACACUUGGUCCAAGUAAGGGAGAGGAUCCGAAUCAAUGGACAGCCAAUUGGGAAAGACCUAUUUACAAAAUAUUUCUGGCAGGUUUAUGGACGACUGGAUGAAACAAAGGAAGCUCAUGGGACAAUGCCUGCAUAUUUCCGCUUUCUCACCAUCUUGGCCUUUCAUGUCUUCCUUCAAGAAAAGGUGGAUUUGGCUGUGAUUGAGGUUGGGAUUGGUGGAGCGUUUGACUGCACAAACAUUAUAAGGAGACCGUGGGUAUGUGGGAUCUCUUCUUUGGGAAUAGACCACACACAGAUUCUCGGAGACACUAUAGAGAAGAUUGCCUGGCAAAAAGGGGGCAUCUUUAAGCCAGGAGUCCCUGCUUUCACAGUCAAACAGUCAGGAGAGGCAAUGGAUGUACUGAGGAACAAGGCCAAAGAGAUCAGCUGCCCUCUGUGGGUGUGUCCUGACUUUGAGGACUACCAGGCAAACUGUGGACCAUUAAAACUGGGCUUGGCGGGACAGCACCAGCGGUCCAAUGCCUCACUGGCCCUGCAACUGAGUCACACUUGGUUGCAAAGGAGAUGUCAACCAGAGGAAAAGUUUUUAUCCACCAGUUUUGAGACCUCAAGUAUACCUGAGGCAACUUCCUUCACACCCUCCCCCAUCAUGAAGAAAGGACUGGCAGACACCGAGUGGCCCGGAAGAAAUCAAAUGAUAAAACAUGGCACAAUAACGUACUUCUUGGAUGGUGCUCACACCAUGCGUAGUAUACAAGCUUGUGUAAAUUGGUUCAAAGAGAUCGCAGCCCAGCAUGAAAUGAACGCAAGUGGACCUGUUGCAAGAAUUUUGCUGUUUAAUGCAACAGGGGAGAGGGACUGUGCAGCCAUGCUUAAACUUCUUAUGCCAUGCCAUUUUGAUUUUGCUGUGUUUUGUCCUAACAUCACAGAGACCAUCACUGCCUGCAGUGCAGACCAACAGAACUUCAAUGUGUCAGUGGAGCACAUGCUGACUCGCUGCUUGGAUAACGAAAGAAGCUGGCGUCUGCACAACAGCACAGGGAACAUCAGUGGCACCCCACAACUAAUUGAGGACAGCUUGUCUUUGAUCCCUGAGGAGAAAGCGAACACGCUCGUGUUUCCCUGCAUCCUCAGCGCCCUUCAAUGGAUCACACAGGGUAGGGAUCCAGUGCUCGUGGACCCUUUCCAAAAAGUGAUGCCAUUGAAACCCAGCGUGAUGGCUAAAGCUGCUCCAUUGUACGAUGCUGCCAAGAUCCAUGUCCUUAUCACUGGAAGCCUCCACCUGGUGGGAGGUGCACUCAAACAUCUUGUCCCCGAAUCCUCCAAGUAAAUGGGCCAUGAAUUACAAACUGUUAUAAUUAGAAUUCCGAUGCAGGAAUAUGAAUGACUGUUUUAAAAAUGUAUAUUUGGGGUACCACAACAAUAAGAGUGAGACUAAUGAUACCCAGUGGCAGUCAUUUGGAGCCAGGCAGUUUGCUCCCGCCCCCCCACCCCACUCAGAAUGGCCCCAGACGCACAACAAACCAGACGCUCAACAUUGCCAAGCUCAAGUCUUAAGUCCAACUUGAAGUCAAAUGUGUUUACAUAAUGGGUACAUUGAUUAAAACAAGAUAAUGUGACAGUGUUUGUAGUUCACUUAUCCCAAAUGCUAAUUAUUAAUUGUAUUUAAAAUAAAAACAUGUCUAUUUUGAAAGAAAAUCAGAAUUUGGAAUA